ACAUGCCUUCGCAAACCGUAGCUAGCUACAGCGUCUCUCCCGGUCUCCCCCAUGGUAAUUAUUUCUUGUCCGAGUCCAACCUCAACAAGGGAUUGCUGGCGGCCCCGCAAGCGAAGAGAACUUUCAAACCAAACGAGCAGUCGUGUCCAAUUCAAUCCCCCGGGUAAUCCGGUGAGCGCGCGCGUGUAUAUAUAUUAUAUACACAGGGCUGCCGCCGCCAGCAGCCGUCGCGCCUACCGCCACCUGACUCCCUCUGCCUUCUCGUCGCUCUGCUCCUCCGUUGCCGUGACCCUAAGGGAGGAGGACGAGGAGGAGGAGGAGGAGGGGAAGGAACGGAGGGAUGGCGGAGGAGACGGUGCAGGAGCUGCGCGCGAGCUUCGCGUCGGGGCGGACGCGCCGGGCCGAGUGGCGGGCGGAGCAGCUCAAGGGGCUCAUCCGGAUGAUCGACGAGAAGGAGGCCGAGAUCAGCGCCGCGCUCCAUGAGGACCUGGCCAAGCCGCACAUGGAGUCCUACCUCCACGAGAUAUCGAUUACAAGGUCCUCGUGCAAGUUUGCCCUCGACGGGCUCAAGAGCUGGAUGAAGCCCGAGAAGAUACCUGCGGCCUUAACCACGUUCCCGUCCUCUGCUCAAAUCGUGCCGGAGCCCCUCGGUGUGGUGCUCAUCAUCUCAGCCUGGAACUACCCUUUCAUACUCUCGAUCGACCCAGUCAUUGGAGCAAUCGCAGCUGGAAAUGCUGUUGUUCUGAAGCCGUCAGAAAUAGCGCCAGCUACCUCGUCAUUGCUAGCGAAGCUGCUGCCCGAGUACGUUGAUAACUCCUGUAUUAAAGUCGUGGAGGGAGGCGUUGCAGAAACAACCUCACUCCUGGAACAGAGAUGGGAUAAGAUCUUCUACACAGGUAAUGGAACCGUAGGACGCAUCGUGAUGGCAGCAGCCGCAAAGCAUCUAACUCCGGUGGCUCUGGAGCUUGGUGGGAAAUCCCCUGUUGUUGUGGACUCAAAUGUUGACCUUCAUGUUGCCGUCAAGAGGAUCGUUGUUGGCAAAUGGGGAUGCAACAACGGCCAAGCAUGCAUUGCCCCAGACUACAUCAUAACGACAAAAUCAUUUGCGCCAGAGCUGGUGGCCUCCUUGAAAAGGGUUUUGGAAAGGUUUUACGGGGAGGAUCCUCUGCAGUCAGCGGACCUGUCUCGUAUCGUGAAUUCGAAGCACUUCAGGAGACUGACGGAAUUGAUAGAAGAGAAAAGCGUUGCUGACAAGAUCGUGUACGGCGGCGAGGUUGAUGAGAAGCAGCUAAAAAUUGCUCCUACACUGUUGCUCGACGUCCCCCAGGAUUCAGCAAUCAUGACCGGGGAAAUAUUUGGGCCCUUGCUUCCUAUCGUGACGGUGGAAAAGAUCGAGGAGAGCUUCGACUUGAUCAACGCCAGGCCUAAGCCGCUUGCCGCCUACCUUUUCACCAAGAACAAGAAGCUGCAGGAGGAGUUUGUGGCGGACGUGCCUGCAGGAGGGAUGCUUGUGAACGACACCGUGCUACAUGUAAGUCGUAGUAAAAACCAACUGGAUGCAAAAUCCAAAUCUUCUUCUAACUUGGCUCCCGUCCCAGCUCGCCAACCCGUACAUGCCCUUCGGCGGCGUCGGCGACAGCGGGAUGGGGUGCUACCACGGCAAGUUCGGGUUCGACUGCUUCAGCCACAAGAAGGGGGUCCUGGUCCGCGGCUUUGGCGGCGAGGCGAACGCCAGGUACCCGCCCUACACGACGGAGAAGCAGAAGAUCCUGAGGGGGCUCAUCAACGGCAGCUUCAUCGCGCUCAUCCUUGCCCUCCUGGGCUUCCCGAGGGAGAAGCGUUAGAUGGGCCUUCUAACUGGGCCCAGUACAAGCGUUUUGUUCGUGUUCGAUGGAUGGCACAGUAUAUACACUGCCAUGUGCUGCCAAAUAGAUGCAAACCGUGCUUGUGUUACACGGCUGUGUAAUGCAUUAUAUUGUUGCAUUGACAUGUGGGUUACCGAAUUGUACGUAAGGGAGUUGCAUUAAUAAGUGUGGUCUGCCUGUCAAUUAUCAAGUGUUCACAAUGGAUACUUCGACGGAUGCAUCAUGCAUUCAUGCAUGGAUGUGGCAUA